CUUGACUGGAGGACGGACGCGGAUCCUCCUCUGCAGCUUUUUUAGAAGUUUCUCUGCUGUUGCGUUGGCAGUUUGACUGAAAAGAUGCUCGCCACGGCGCUCACCGUGUUGCUGACCGUCCUCAGCCUCACCGAGAGCAAACAAAAAGACUUUUAUACUUUUAAACUAGUGAACAGCAGGGGGAAACUGGUGUCCCUGGAAAAAUACCGGGGUUCGGUGUCCUUAGUGGUGAACGUGGCUAGUGAGUGCGGUUUCACGGAGGAACACUACAAAGACCUGCAGCAGCUGCAGCGGGACUUUGGCCCGUACCACUUCAACGUGCUGGCCUUCCCCUGCAACCAGUUCGGGCAGCAGGAGCCCGGCAGCGACAAGGAGAUCGACAGCUUCGUGCGCAGAGUCUACGGCGUCUCCUUCCCCCUGUUCAGCAAAAUCGCCGUGGUCGGAACAGGAGCCAACAAUGUCUACAAGUACCUCGCCGAGUCGUCUGGAAAGGAGCCCGACUGGAACUUCUGGAAGUAUCUAAUUGACAUAAACGGCAAAGUGGUGGACGCUUGGGGACCCAAAGUUUCCGUCAAAGAGAUCCGGCCCAAAAUAGCUGAAAUGGUUCGGCAGAUAAUCUUAAAGAAGAAAGAAGAGCUUUAAAAGUGUGCACAUCUCGCUCCUGUGCAGCUUUAGUCCAUGAGGCAAAGGGAUUAACUGAACACAUUGGUGUUGCUGGUUAGAAAAAACGGAAGGCAGAUUUUUUUUUUGCCUUCUGAAAGCACUGAUGAAGCGCCACUAUGUUUUUAAAUCAGGUGUUGGAAGCUGCAGUUUUAGGCCAAAGAGCUCCUGUUUCCAAUUGAGUCAGUCAAGUGGAUUAUGUGUUUGUUUUUACUAUUCAUUCUGGUGUUUGGAAUAAAUUUUUACUGUGACCA